GUCCUCAUCAAACUUACUGCUGCAGCUCUCAACUUCCGUGACUUCUUGAUCACAACCCGCUCGCCAGCUUACCCAGGUGAUCACAAAGCUAAUUUCACCCGGGGAGCCGACGGCGCAGGGAUCAUAUCGACCACCGGACCGCUAUCUUCCUGGGCUGGCAAGGAAGGCACACACGUAGUCCUCCAACCCGCGGCAUGGCUGUCUGGGGAUGUGAGGAAUAUGGGUAGCGAUCAGAUGUUUGGUGGAACGGAUGUUGAUGGGACGCUGCAGAGCUGGAUGGUAGUGGAUGAUGCAAGGGCUAUUGCAGCGCCGAAGGGGUGGAAAGGGAUUGAAAUUGCUGGAUUGGUGACUGCGGGCUCCACGGCUUGGGGCGCGAUCAGGGGCGGGUUGGAUGAGAGACUUUAUGGGGUGGUUCUUACGCAGGGGACGGGGUGUGUGAGUUGUGCUGCUAUACAGAUCGCAACGGCCCUCAGAGCAAACAUCAUCCCCACCUCCUCUUCAGAUUCAAAACUCAAAAUCGCUAAAUCCAUCAGUGCCGCGCAUCUCAUCAACUACCGUACCACUCCUGACUGGGAUCAAGAAGUCCACCGCAUCACCAAAGGAAAGGGGGUGGACCAUGUAAUCGAGGUUGGAGGCGCGCAGACUAUGAUGAAGUCUUUAAACAGCACCCAGCCAGGAGGACUUGCCAGCGUCAUUAGCAUCUUGACAGAAUCUGAACCCCUUCUAGCGGAAUUUUUACCUAGUGUGCUAUUUGGAGCUAAAGUUGUGAAAGGUUGCUGCUGGUUAAGUAGAGACACGUCAGCCGAGUUUAUCAGAUUUGAAGAGACAAAUAAUAUUAAGCCAGUCAUUGCGAAGGUGCUUAGGUUCAACUAGGUUGUGGAGGCGUUUGAGGCACUGCAGAAUCAAAACAAUGUUAGAAAGCUAAUCGUGAAGAUUAGCGAAGACUGGAC